UUCAAUUCCGUCAGCGCGAUCCAACAACGAUGGACAUCACGGAUGGCAUCGUGUGCGUGACAAAGCUGACCGAGCUCCCGUGGCGGUUGGACUACACCAUCGAGAACACAACUGCGCACGCGUACGAAGUCGACCUGGACUUUGCGGGAUCGUCCAAUUUGGUGGUGGUCCGCGAAGACUCGCUUGUGUUCCGCGGAUCGCUGCGACCGUAUGCAAGAGUUACGACGGCGAUUGUACGAGUGCAUCCGGCGGAACGGUGUGCAGUAUGCGUCAACUACUACGUCCGUCGAAUCGAAGAAGCGGCAGUGGAUAGUCUUGAUGACUCUGCUCUUGAUCAAGCAGGGACUGCCACCGACGAUGCCUGUAUUGACGCAUUCUUUCACGAUCCGACGUUUCCACCGACUCCAACAUGCCUUGGCGAACUCGGGGGCGCUCCGGCUACGAAACGACUUGUACCUACCUUGACAUGGACGCACCUCUCGUCUCUGUACCCUUCUUCAUGGACCAUCUUUCCUCGAUCACCCACGAUACCCACCUCCACUCUCUGCGGCGGCGAUCCCACUUUGGUAUCCGCUGACACAAGAAGCGCGUUACAGUUCAUCGGCAGUCGGCCCAGCUUUCUAACGGCCUUGUUUUCUCAAACAAAUGGCGUCAACGGCCACGACCAUCGCUAUGUUGUGUGCUUACAUCACGAUGGCAAACCGGUGCGGGUGACGGUGGACGGAUAUGUGCCGUGCUUUGGUCAGACCGGCGGCCCUGUCUUGAUGAAGUGCAUCUCGGGGCAUCUUUGGCCAUUGUUACUCCACAAAGCACUGGCGAAACUCUAUGGCGGGUAUGUGCCAAUGUUUCAAGUGUCUGCACUUCAGCUCCUCGAAGACAUUUUUGGCUAUCCAAGUGUGGACGUCUGUGCCGUUGGAGCUCGUGCCACGACAAUCGCCGCCGUGGCCAACUUGCUUCGACAAGGCCAUUUGGUCGGUGUGACUGUUUCAGCAUCCAGCGGUAGUCGGCAUGGCCUACUUGUGAAUGCCAACCCCUCGACUGGUCUAACGAUUCGAAGCUACCCCGCCGACCAAGCGCUCCGUUCAGACAUCAUCACGACGGUUGCCCUUCAGGAUAUUCCGAGUGCACUGCGCGCGUGGUGGUGUUUUCCUCAGCUGUCGCGUCCACAACAAGUCGUUCGACGGUGUUUUGUUGUCGACGCCACGGCAUGCACAAGUGCGUCGGCAGCCAUGUUUGCAUGGAGUAUUCCGUCUCCAUGCACCGUCAUGGUGAGCGCGACGUACGACCAGCACGUCCAUGACGCGGGGAUAUCCAUCUUGCACGUGUCGCCUUCGAACCACUUGACCCCCGUCAAGGCUACCUCCACAAAGCAAGGAAUUCGUGCACGAUCUUGCAGUGUGCGUCUUCUGGAUGGGAUGUUUGUCCAUACGGUCAUGGGUAGAUUGUGUUGUCGGUGGAACCGGGCGAGUACGUCAUGGCGCUCAAGCCAGUACGGUGGUCGACAUUGGAAUCGCCAACACGAAAUCGCAUGGACCGAAUGUUUGACAUGCUGGAUGCGGACGUGGACGAUCGGUUGAGUUUGCAAGACUUGGAACGGUUCAUGACGGUGUACGAGGACGGGUUGCCGCUCUCGACGCGAUCGUUUGCAUGGCUCAUGGAGCAAUUUGAUUCGGACGGCAUUGGGCUGACUCGAAAAGGCCUGGGCGACUUGUACACGGCCAACCAACUCGACACGUGGCUCGAUCGUGAAAAGGCGGUCUGGGAUGAACCGUCGAUUCCGUGCAUGGUGAAUUUUCAGUGCACUUGCAUGGAGGACGUCGUAUUUGUGCAAGUGGACCACCGAUGACAUCGUCAUGGACGAGGCGGUCGCACGACGCUGUACGUGAAAUUGACGUCUAGAUGGCCACCCACUGUCGUUUGUUUUCAACGGUGCGCCUUGUACACGGCUCAGAAUUCUUGUGUGUUGUGCGAGUGUGUGCAGGAUUAAAGUAGCUUUUCGUCAGCAUCCACGACCGCCCCUUGGCGCGGACAACGCGCUUGGCGUGGUCGUCCCAUGAAGUUGUUACUUGAACCGUCAGUCGUACGUGUUUGGACAUAUCACAUGCAAGCGCUUUCGAUUGCCAAUAGCGCACUGCAGUGGCAGCAAACGAACGAUUAACUCGGCCUCGCCAUGUUCGUGCGGGAGGUACAAUAUUAUCCCAGG